UACUUCCCAACUGUGUCUCUGCCAAUAGUACCAACAAUGUCUCUGUGUUCUUCUCCUCCUCGCAUCCCAACCUUUGCAUUCCCGCCGAGAAGGCACCACCGCCACUUCUUCCACGACCUUCCACGUCCUCGCCAAAACCCAUUUCAGCUCCAAACUAUUCGACUCUCUCCCCCCUGGCCCACAACCACCUUUACAUGCUUCUCGCAGAGGCAGAGCCAAUCAACUGAACAACAACUUGAAUUCGAGCGGCUGUUCUCCAAUCUCAAUCAAGCCACAUUGAAAAGAGAACCCGGGAGUUUACCCAGCGCAAUCUUUCUUGUUGCGGGCACAACGGUGGGUGCGGGGAUUCUUGCUCUUCCUGCAGUUACACAGGAAUCAGGGUUUUUGGCAUCUGCAGUUACCUGCAUUCUUGUUUGGGGAUUUAUGGUUACCACAGGGCUGCUAAUUGCUGAAGUAAAUGUGAAGACAAUGUGCGAAUUGGGUUCUGGUGGUGUAUCAUUGGUAUCAAUGGCCAUGAGAACUCUUGGAACAGUUGGUGUUCAAAUUGCCUGUUGGUCGUACAUAUUUAUACAUUACGCUCUUCUUGUUGCCUAUGUGGCUCGUUCUUCAGAUAUUUUGACAAACUUUCUUGGUAUCCCAUUAUGGGAAAGUGCAACCUUGUUCUCAUUGGUCUUUGGAGGUGUAUGCUACUUUGGAAGCCAGAGGUUCAUUGGUGCUGUCAAUGGGGCUCUAGUAUUUGGAAUCAUCGCUUCUUUCACAGCUCUUGUGGUUGUUGCUGGUGGAAACGUGCAAUGGGAUGCUCUUUUGAAAGCCAAUUUCGAAGCUGUUCCUAUGAGUAUACCCAUAAUAGCACUUUCAUUUGUUUACCAGAAUGUAGUACCUGUUCUUUGUACGAAUCUGGAAGGAAACCUGUCAAAAGUAAGGACUGCAAUUGUUGUCGGCACAGCUAUACCCCUUGGUUUAUUUGUUGUAUGGAAUGCCGUCAUUUUAGGUUCCAUUACAGAUAUUGAAAUGGGAAACAAGAUCACUGACCCAUUACAACAAUUACGAUCUACCAAUGGAGUUGUUGGGCCGAUAGUUGAGGUGUUCUCGGUUCUUGCAAUAGCAACAUCAUAUAUUGGAUUUGUUCUUGGCCUAUCUGACUUUCUUGCUGACCUGCUGAAACUCCCGGCAGGUCAGAACAGGCCUCUGCCGUACCUUUUGACAUUGAUCCCACCACUGGCACUAUCAUUGCUGGACCCAGAAAUAUUUUUCAAAGCCUUGGAUUUUGCAGGCACAUAUGGAGUAUUGUUGCUGUUUGGAAUUCUUCCGGCCGCAAUGGCUUGGUCGGAUAGGUCAUCCUCGAAAUUGAAAGUACCAGAGCUGGUUCCUGGCGGAAAUCUUACCCUCUCUCUCAUAAUUGGAGGUGCAGGGUUUGUUAUUUUCUCUGAACUACUUGACAACUUUGGGAGGCUUUAGUUCCUCAAAAGGUCCCUAGAUGUUUAGCACAUUAAUGGAGCUAUUUGUUUUUUUUUUUUUACUUAUUAAUCAGUUGUACACAAGACUUGUGAUUAUUGAUUGACGAUAUGAAAACAAGAAAGUUCUGCAGAAGGAGCUGUAUUGGAUUUA